AUGACAAUGGAUGCUUCACAUUCUCUCUUAGAACAAGACAACAACCGUAGGGCCGAAGAAAUGUCGCACAAGGUUUCUCUGCUUAAGGCAUACGCCAAAGAUAUUGAAACUGAAUCCAAGUCACAAAAUAAAUUUCUUGAUGAAAUUCAGGGCUCGUUCGACAAUGCUAGUAAUCUUUUGUCAAAUACACUUCAUCGAGUCCUUGGAAUACCAAAGAAGCGUACAAAUAAUCGGAAAUUUAUGUGUUAUGUAAUUUUAUUUGUCGUUCUCUUCAUAUUACUGGUGUAUCUCUUUGUUUUUCACAGAUAUAGUUAG